AUGGGCAACCUUGCCUCGCACCCAAACGAACCUCUGCUGUACAGGAGCCUCACUGGGAGUUUCCGCCGGAAGCGACGGGAAUCGACAGGGUUAUCAGGAUUGGAAAGACCAGUGUCCAUGCUGGAGGAAGAUCUUGCCCUUCCUCCUGUUCACCUCCUCUCCCUCAUCACCCUACGCAGCCAAAACUUUGCCUCAACACGGUCAGUGAAGUCCAUCUCCCCAUCUAAACAGCUUACAUCUGUCCCAGGUCCUUCGGGAGGGCAGGAUUCAGUCAUCGAGACUUCUCCCCAUCAGCAGACUGGUCUCACGCGGGUCUCCCGAGCAUCCACCUUUCAUGAAGGAUCUCUGACUGUGCUGGUCGAGAUGGAGAGGAAACUGAGAGCGGCCGUGGCGGAGAGAGAGCGCCUCCUUCAGGCCCGGGAAUUGGAGAAGAAACGUCUGGAAAAUACUGAGAGUGAGAGGGCAAAGAGGGAGGAGGGAAAGAUGGUCGCAGAGAGAGACAGCUCUACACGUCACCUGAGUCAGCACUGGGCCCCGGUGUCAGCCUCGGCCUCCCACUUUGACCUGCGCUCCCACGUGGAGUCAGCAGGUCACUGCGUGGCCUCGUGCCCUCACCUGGUGCUGAGCAGUUCCACCUGCCGAGGGUCCCUCACCAAGGUGGGACAGCGUUUCCAAACGUGGAGAACUCGCUGGUUUGUCUUUGACACCAGGCAGGGACGUCUUUCCUACUACACAGACCAAGCAGAGAGAAAACGGAAGGGGGUUAUCUAUUUCCAGGCCUUCGAGGAGGUCUACUUUGAUCACCUGAGGAACGCCCCAAAGAGUCCGAACCCUCUGCUGACGUUCUGCCUCAAGACCUACGACCGUCUCUACUACCUGGUGGCCCCCAGUGACGAGGCCUUGCGGAUCUGGAUGGAGGUGGUCCUGACUGCUGUCGAGGGUGCCAGGCGCUUCUGAGAUAAUGCUAGGUCCCCUCUGAGGGGACCUGCUGAUCCACCCAGUCACUGGUCUGUGGAUAGAACCUCACCAUUUCCUCGCCGGCCCUCCAUCUUCCACCUGCUCAGGGAAACUUUGAAAGCUGGCAUCACAGUAGGAAGUGGCUUAGAAACCCCAGCACUGAUCCCAUUUUCCCGGGAGAUCUGCGAGGGGUCUGCUUGAAGCAAGGCAAUGCAUGUGGGUGCUGGGACAUUCAAAAUACUGGUGAAGAAUUAACUGAUAGAGCAUUACAGCUGAUGGUACCAAUGUUGGUACACUCAAGGUGGGUGGUACUAGAAAUUAUACACUCAAAAUGGCUGAACCAGCACUGGUACACUCAAGAUGGUGGAACCAGCACUGGUACACUCAAGAUGUAAGCAGAGUAUCAGGAGAACUUAUUGAAGCUGGAACACUUAAUAUGGUCAUUGAUAUGUCACCAGUUGGGUUAAUAAACUAAUAGCAACU